AUGCAAGAUGACUUCCAAUUCAAUGGUGUGUCAAAGCGAUGCGGUUCUGGCAGGCAGCGUGAGAUUUUCCAUGCUGUGCGAUCUGCUGUGGAUACUGUCAAAGUCAGGCGAGGCCUCAAUGAAGUCGACGUGGACGAGAUGUUGGCGCUCUAUAUUCAUUCUGGUGCACCCCGUGAUCCGAAGCAUGCCUCCCUCAGAUGCGCGAACCCUCAAGGAGAAGAAUAUGCCGUGGAUGACGACUUGACGUGUGGUUGCAACUGA